AUGAUGCUUCCUUUUUCCAAAUACAUUCUACUACAAACCCACUUUCUCAUAAAUGUUUCACCUUUGUCAACCAUUCUUCGAGCGCAUGUAUGCUUCCACCAAUUGAAUCCUUUUCCGCAAAAGUUUUCAACUUCUAGUUCUGACAACUGCGAGAAAUUAUCGUGGGAAUGUUGCACACAAGAAAUUAUACUAGAAAAAUUUAAAUUUGCUUUGAGGAAUCAUCAAUCACAAGAAGCAUUGGAAACAUUUCAUGAUUUUAGAAGACUUUAUGGUUACCCUGAGGUUCAGUUAUUGAAUCAGGUUAUUUUUUAG